AUGUUUCUUCAACUCCCUCGCCUCACCAGCUCUCUAUGUGAUCCAUUCGACGUCGAUCAAGCCUAUUUACACCGGAAAACCAUUCUCCAAGGCCUCAAGCCUCGCAGUUCUGCUAGUUCGUCCGAAGAAUCGGAGCUUGCUCGAAAUAUUGUGUAUAAAUGGGAUGAAGCUUCUCCAGAACUGCGACAAGCUUACAAGCAGUUUAUUGGUUCGGUGCGUGAGUUGGUGGGCGGUGAGGUGGUACAAGAUGAGUUUAGGGAGGUGGCAUUGAGUGUUUAUAGACAUUUUAGUGGGCCGAUGCCGGAGGGUGAAGAAGACCGUAUAAUUUCAGAGAAGAAGUUAGAUUUGCAAAAGCUUGUUGGUUAUGCUAUUCCUAAUGCAGUUCUACAUAAGGCUGCAAAUUUAGCACAAAGACUUUAUGAGUUGCAAGAGAACAAGCAUCGAACCGUGCCUGUGCUAGAAUUGGAAGAUGGAGGUGGUGAUAAUUUUGAAUUUGGAUCAGAUCUUGUCUUUCAGCCACCUGCUCGAUUUUUAGUUGAUGCUUCCUUGGAAGAUUUAGACUUUGUUGUUGGGCAUGACAAAGAAACUUCAAAUUACCGGAAUGAGUACACUCAUGGUUACUCCUUUGAUGGUGGUCAUUUACCAGGAGCUAAAUUUGAUUUAGAAUGGUUAAGAGAUGCUUGUGAUAGGAUAGUUAGUGAAAGUACUUCACAGCUUCCCAGAGAUGAACUGGCAAUGGCAAUAUGCCGUGUGCUUGAUUCAGAGAAACCUGGUGAUGAGAUAGCUGGUGAUUUGCUAGAUCUUGUUGGUGAUGGUGCAUUCGAAACAGUUCAGGAUCUUAUAAUGCAUAGAAAGGAACUUGUUGAUGCCAUCCAUCAUGGAGUGUCUGUACUGAAAGCUGACAAGAUGGCUACAAGCUCUCAGUCACGCCAGCCUAGUUAUGGCACUCAGGUAACUGUUCAAACAGAAUCUGAGAAGCUAAUUGAUAAACUUCGUCGAAAGGAAGAAAAAAAGCAUAGACGUGUUGCAGAUAAUGGGGUUGAGAAUGACUUGUCUUUGAUGAACUUUAGUUCUUUACUUCAAGCAAGUGAGAAGAAAAACAUAUUUGAGGAUCUCAUUGGGCGUGGUGAAGGGCCUAAUUCAUUAGCUACUACUGCCCUUCCUCAAGGAACCAUUCGGAAACAUCACAAGGGAUAUGAAGAAGUCAUUAUACCUCCAACAAUGACUGCACCCAUGAAACCUGGGGAAAGACUGAUUGAGAUAAAAGAACUAGAUGAUUUGGCUCAAGCUGCAUUUCAAGGCUACAAAUCUUUGAACCGUAUUCAAAGCCGAAUAUAUCCAACUACUUAUAAUAGCAAUGAAAACAUACUUGUUUGUGCUCCAACUGGGGCUGGAAAAACAAAUAUCGCUAUGAUAUCUAUUCUGCACGAGAUUAAACAUCACUUUAGAGAAGGCUACUUGCAUAAGAAUGAAUUCAAGAUAGUUUAUGUAGCUCCUAUGAAGGCAUUAGCAGCAGAGGUAACAAUGACUUUCAGCAAACGAUUGUCUCCACUGAACGUUACCGUGAGAGAACUUACUGGAGACAUGCAGCUUUCUAAAAAUGAACUUGAAGAAACUCAGAUGAUAGUGACAACACCUGAAAAGUGGGAUGUUAUUACUCGCAAAAGCAGUGACAUGGCACUUUCAAUGUUGGUGAAGCUUCUGAUAAUUGAUGAAGUUCAUCUAUUGAAUGAUGAUAGAGGCCCUGUUAUAGAAGCAUUAGUAGCUCGGACUCUUCGUCAGGUGGAGUCUACACAAUCCAUGAUACGAAUAGUGGGUCUUUCAGCUACAUUACCCAAUUAUUUGGAGGUUGCUGAGUUUCUGAGGGUAAAUCCAGAAACAGGACUUUUCUUCUUUGAUUCCAGCUACCGACCUGUUCCUCUUGCUCAGCAGUAUAUUGGUAUUAGUGAGCAUAAUUUUGCAGCCCGCAAUGAGCUACUGAAUGAGAUAUGCUACAACAAGAUUGUGGAUUCCUUAAGGCAAGGGCAUCAGGCUAUGGUUUUUGUUCAUUCUCGCAAAGACACAGGGAAAACAGCGGAUAAACUUGUCGAGAUUUCCCAGAAAAAUGAAGAUUGGGAGCUCUUUCGGAAUGAACAACAUCCUCAGUUUGAGCUUAAAAAGAAGGAAGUACUCAAGUCCAGAAAUAAGGAGGUUGUCCAGCUUUUUGAUCAUGGGAUUGGUAUUCACCAUGCUGGUAUGUUGCGUCAAGACAGAAGUCUAACUGAGCAUCUUUUCUCUGAGGGACUUCUGAAGGUCCUUGUUUGCACUGCAACCUUGGCUUGGGGGGUGAAUUUGCCUGCUCAUACUGUUGUGAUUAAGGGUACACAAAUUUAUGAUCCAAAGGCUGGUGGAUGGCGAGAUCUGGGCAUGCUUGAUGUUAUGCAAAUUUUUGGACGUGCUGGAAGACCUCAGUUUGAUAAGAGUGGUGAAGGCAUUAUAAUUACUACUCAUGAUAAGUUAGCCUACUAUCUACGUUUGUUAACCAGUCAGCUUCCAAUAGAAAGUCAGUUUAUAAACUCCUUGAAAGAUAAUUUGAAUGCUGAGGUGGUACUGGGCACUGUGACAAAUAUUAAGGAGGCUUGUGCUUGGCUUGGGUAUACAUAUCUUUUCAUCAGGAUGAAAAUGAAUCCUUUGGCAUAUGGUAUUGGAUGGGAAGAGGUCAUUGCUGAUCCAUCAUUGAGUUUAAAGCAAAGGGAUUUUAUUACUGACGCUGCACGUGCUCUUGACAAAGCAAAAAUGAUGCGCUUUGAUGAGAAAAGUGGGAACUUCUAUUGUACUGAGCUUGGACGUAUUGCAAGCCACUUCUACAUUCAAUACUCUAGUGUUGAAACAUACAAUGAAAUGUUGAGACGCCACAUGAAUGAAAAUGAGUUAAUCAAUUUGGUUGCCCAUUCUUCUGAAUUUGAAAAUAUUGUGGUCCGGGAUGAGGAACAAAAUGAACUUGAAAUGCUGGCUCGAACAUAUUGUCCUUUUGAAAUCAAGGGUGGUCCGUCGAGCAAGCAUGGGAAAGUUUCAAUUCUUAUUCAGUUGUACAUUUCUCGGGGUUCAAUUGAUACAUUUUCACUAGUUUCUGAUGCUUCAUAUAUAAGUGCAAGCUUGGCUCGUAUUAUGCGGGCUCUAUUUGAGAUUUGUCUACGUAGGGGGUGGUGUGAGAUGACUGCUCUCAUAUUAGAAUUUUGCAAGGCUGUUGAUCGUCAAGUUUGGCCUCACCAACAUGCACUCAGACAGUUUGAUAAGGAUAUUUCAGCAGAUAUAUUGAGGAAGCUUGAAGAAAGAGGAGCUGAUUUAGAUCGUUUACAAGAGAUGGAGGAGAAAGAUAUUGGAGCUCUGAUUCGUUAUGCACCAGGAGGAAAGGUGGUUAAGCAACAUCUUGGAUAUUUUCCGUCAAUCCAGUUGUCUGCUACAGUCAGUCCAAUCACUAGAACAGUGCUUAAGGUGGACUUGGUAUUAACACCAGAAUUUGUUUGGAAGGAUCGAUUUCAUGGUACUGCACAGCGCUGGUGGAUUUUGGUAGAGGAUUCCGAGAACGACCACAUAUACCAUUCUGAACUCUUUACUUUGACAAAGAGAAUGGCCAGAGGAGAGCCACAGAAGCUAUCCUUUACCGUGCCAAUCUUUGAGCCACAUCCUCCUCAGUACUACAUUCGUGCUGUUUCUGACUCUUGGCUGCAGGCAGAGGCAUUUUAUACUAUAACUUUCCAUAACCUUGCCCUUCCUGAGGCUCAUACGACUCAUACUGAACUUCUGGACUUGAAGCCUCUUCCUGUGACUGCACUUGGAAAUGGAAUGUAUGAAGCCUUGUACAAGUUUUCACACUUCAAUCCUAUUCAAACUCAGGCUUUUCAUGUGCUCUAUCAUACAGACAAGAAUGUUCUCCUAGGAGCUCCGACUGGAAGUGGGAAAACUAUAUCUGCCGAGCUUGCUAUGCUCCAUCUUUUUAAUACUCAGCCUGAUAUGAAGGUUAUAUAUAUAGCACCUUUAAAGGCUAUUGUCCGAGAAAGGAUGAAUGAUUGGAGGAAGCAUCUUGUUUCCCAGCUUGGAAAGAAAAUGGUUGAAAUGACUGGGGAUUAUACACCGGAUUUGAUGGCACUCUUGUCAGCAGAUAUCAUUAUUACCACUCCUGAAAAGUGGGAUGGAAUCAGCCGCAACUGGCACACUCGUACAUAUGCCACCAAGGUUGGGCUUAUGAUUUUGGAUGAGAUCCAUUUACUUGGAGCUGAUCGGGGACCAAUACUUGAGGUUAUUGUUUCAAGGAUGAGAUACAUUUCGUCUCAAACGGAUCGUCCGAUACGUUUUGUCGGCCUGUCAACAGCAUUAGCAAAUGCACAAGAUCUGGCCGAUUGGCUGGGUGUAGAUGAAAAUGGUCUUUUCAAUUUCAAACCGAGUGUCAGGCCUGUACCUCUUGAGGUUCAUAUCCAGGGGUAUCCGGGAAAGUUUUAUUGCCCAAGGAUGAAUAGCAUGAACAAACCCACAUAUGCUGCUAUAUGUACGCACUCGCCUACAAAACCUGUUUUAAUAUUUGUUUCAUCUCGUCGCCAGACACGGCUCACUGCACUGGACCUUAUUCAGUUUGCAGCUUCAGAUGAGCACCCAAUUCAGUUCUUGAACAUGCCUGAAGAUGCACUUCAGAUGGUCAUUUCUCAAGUCAUGGAUCAAAACUUGAAGCAUACUUUACAGUUUGGUAUUGGGCUGCAUCAUGCUGGACUGAAUGAUAAGGACAGAUCUUUGGUUGAGGAACUUUUUGCAAACAACAAGAUCCAGGUUUUGGUCUGUACAAGUACACUGGCAUGGGGUGUGAACCUUCCAGCACAUUUGGUCAUUAUAAAGGGAACAGAAUAUUAUGAUGCAAAGGCAAAAAGAUAUGUGGAUUUUCCUAUUACUGAUAUUCUGCAAAUGAUGGGUAGAGCUGGCCGUCCACAAUAUGAUCAACAUGGAAAAGCUGUUAUCCUUGUUCAUGAACCCAAAAAGAGCUUCUAUAAGAAGUUUCUGUAUGAACCAUUUCCAGUUGAAAGUAGCCUGAAGGAGCAAUUGCAUGAUCACAUCAACGCUGAGAUAGUUUCUGGAACUAUCUGUCACAAAGAGGAUGCAGUGCAUUACCUCACCUGGACAUAUUUGUUCCGUAGAUUGAUUGUCAACCCGGCUUAUUAUGGUUUGGAGGAUGCAGAACCUGGAACAAUUAGUUCUUACUUGUCUAGCUUAGUGCAGAGCACAUUUGAGGAUUUGGAAGACAGUGGAUGCAUCAAGAUUAGUGAUGAUAGUGUGGAGCCCCUAAUGUUAGGGUCAAUUGCUUCUCAGUAUUAUCUCAAGUACACUACUGUAUCAAUGUUUGGUUCAAAUAUAGGACCAGACACAUCACUUGAGGUUUUCCUUCAUAUAUUAUCUGGUGCUUCUGAAUAUGAUGAGCUCCCAGUGCGCCACAACGAGGACAAGUAUAAUGAAAGGUUGAUUGAUAAAGUUCCAUAUAUGGUGGACAAUAAUCGCCUAGAUGAUCCUCAUGUGAAAGCAAAUCUUCUUUUUCAGGCACACUUUUCCCAAUCAGAGCUACCAGUAGUUGAUUAUGUGACAGACAUGAAGUCUGUGCUGGACCAGAGUAUACGUAUUAUCCAAGCCAUGAUAGAUAUUUGUGCCAAUAGCGGGUGGCUGUCAAGCACCCUUACUUGUAUGCAUAUUUUACAAAUGGUCAUGCAGGGCCUGUGGUUCAGUAGGGAUUCUCCUCUUUGGAUGUUGCCAUGCAUGACUAAUGAUUUAUACAACUCAUUAAGUAAACGGGGUGUUAUUAAUGUCCAACAGCUUUUGGAUCUUUCUUCUGCAAAUCUGCAAUCUAUUGUAGGGAAUUCUGUUGCUUCAAAACUGCAUCAGGAUCUACAGCAUUUUCCUCGUGUUCAAGUUCGAUUAAGAAUUCAGAGAAGGGAUUCUGGUGAUAACAGGAGUCACACUCUAAACAUUAGACUGGAAAAUAUUAAUACGAGUCGUAGAACAUCCAAAGCAUUUACACCUCGAUAUCCAAAGAUAAAAGAUGAAGCAUGGUGGUUAGUCCUUUGUAACACUACUACUUCAGAGCUGUAUGCUUUGAAGAGAGUUUCCUUCUCUGACCGUUUAAUGACACACAUGGACUUACCAUCAGCUGCCACCACCUUCCAGGGGAUGAAGCUCCUUCUAGUCUCAGAUUGUUAUCUAGGGUUUGAGCAAGAUUACCCCAUCAAAGAAUACUCCUAAUUUGCAACAUUAGCAGCAUCUGGUGAUUGUAAAGCAAAUCGACCAUGUUUUUUCAAGUCCAUGAAUUGGUUGAUUGGGCAGCAACCAAGUGUACAAAGUUCACCCAACACCAUCUCCCUGGAAUGGAAAGGAAUGUAAGUUUUGAAACAUGCAGGAUCGGAUCAUUUCUCCUUGAAAAUCUUCUUAGCUGCCAGUGCUCUAGUGCCCAUGUGUUGGGAGUUUAUUGUGAACUAUUUCCCCAUAGAAAGGCAAGAAAACUUGGUAAAUAUAUAUAUAUGCAGAACUAGAAGUUCAUUAAUCUUUUAUAAAUACUCCGAAAUAUAUAAUGCAAAGUUCGACCAAUUCGUAGACAACAAUUUGGAUGUGAAUCAAGGCUUGUUUUGUUUUUAUGGUUCCCCAAAUUUGCGAAAAUGUCAUUGAUACAGGCUAAAGCAAUUGUGUUGUACUAUUGAUACAAGAUCAAAAGAGUGUUUUUCCUACUUUGCUUUCCAGUAAUAAACAAUUUAAAAGGUGGCUAUAUGGCUAUGUAUUGUGAACAAUAAGCAAAAGCUAAGUAAUUGGGCAUGUUUGUCACA